UUGACAGAAACCCAAAUUAGCUCAUACAAAAAGCAGUGCUAAUAAUAUUGUAAGACUUUUGCUCCGAUAGCUGGCACUUGUUUGCUGCCGUGGCCAGGACAAUGCGGCCGAAUGGUCCCAAUCAGGCGCCUCGACGUAAGCUCAUACCAAACCUAUUCAGUAGCAUCCUGAGGGUGGUCGCCGAGUCGGACCGUCCGCUGACGCAGCACGAGAUCGUCGAGGCCGUGUCGGAGCGCUUGGAUCGUUCCGAUGAAGAGCUCAAGCGGCAAGUAACUGUCAACCUGCACGAUGCCCUCAUCUAUGGGUACCUGCGUGUUAAGAACUAUCGCUAUUCGAUUGUGCCCAGUCGCGUGGAUCCGAAUGAGCCGCGGGAGCAAAACCGUAAUGCAUCGCGCUACGAGUCCCCACAUAGCAAUAGGAGUCGCGACGAUGCUGUCAAGCAAUCAGCCAAUCAGCAGGCAAAGGCCGAGGAGGAAAGUACGCAAUAAUAUAGCCAAAGUAUCAGAUGUCCCUCAAUAGACCAAUAUUAACAAAUUCACCGAAGAUAUUGUAGAAUAUAUUUGAAUACAAAAUAAAUGAAAGGAUAAAGCA